CUGGAAUUAAUGAUGGUGGAUUCUUAGGUUUUUUGCUCGGAAUUUAUUAAGGAAUUAUGGGAAUUAUUAUUAAGCCUACUGUAGGAAUAUACGAUUUAUUAAUCACCAUUAUUGAAGGCAUAAAGAAUACAGCAAUAUAUGAAGAACAUAUUAUGGAUACUCGAUAUAGACCACCAAGAAUCUUUGGAGAUAACAAUUAAUUGAUACCUUUCAAUUUUAAGCAUGCAAUUGGAACUGAUAUUAUAAGGAGAUAUAAAUUGAAAGUUAUUGAUGGAGAAAGUAUUAUCUUCUUUGAUCAACUUAAUAUAUCUGAUGGAGAUAAAAAAAAGUAGGAAGCAUAGAUUGUGCUGACAGACUCAAGAAUUGUUUAUGUUUUAGUAAUAUUUUAAAUUAAUAAAUUUAGUCUCAUUCAUCUAUACAUUGUGAUAAGAUAAUGAUUUACAAAAUUAAAUCAAUAAAAUAUAAUGCUGAUUCUAAGCUACUAGAUUUUAAGCUUCAUACACCUGUUAGAAAAUCUUGGUUUUAAGCAAAUUCAACAAAAUAUACUUUAAAAUAUGAAAGCAAAAUCAAAGCAAUAAAAUUGGCUGAACAAAUUUAGAAAUCUUUUAAAGAUAAAUACAAUAUUAAAUUUUAAAAUUUUGAGGAUGAUGUUAUUGAUAAAAAAUGA